AUGGGUUCUAUACCAACUUCCGAUUUUGAUACUAUCAUCUUCGACUUGGGGAACGUGCUGAUCAAGAUGCCUCCCCAAGCACCUGAGGCCACAGAGACAACUUCCAUACUAACCCUCCGGCGCUUGUUCUCAACAUAUACUUGGAUGCGUUACGAAUGUGGUGAGCUUGGUGAAACGCAGUGCUGCGAGAUGCUGGGAAAGAGAUUUGGACUCUCACCAUCUACAAUCGCCAAAAUCAUCUCUGAAGCUCGAGAUACUUUGAAAUGCGACACAGCGGUUAUUUCCUGGAUUCGCGAAUUGAUGAAUGAGACACAUGGAUCACUGAAAUUUAUUGCUUUGUCAGCGGAUCUAGGAUUCUACCGACAUAUUCUCACAGCUACAAGAAGAGACCCCGGAAAAACAAUUCUUAUAGACAGUGACGUACGAAAUCUAGUUACCGCGUGCUUAUUGGGGAUGCGGUCCAUUCCCUACAAAACUCUACCUGUGCUUUCCAGAACAAUGAAAAAUAUUCUCUACGAUCCAUUGAUCCGGGGACAUAUGUUCCUGAAUCGCAACGCGAAACACUUGCAUCCUGAAACCGAUUGCGGUACUGUACUCAUGGAAAAUUUUGUACAAUUGCUCAUUCUGGAUGUUGCUAAUGAUGAGUAUGCGCUCCGCAAAACUUGA